GUCUCCUAUAAGAGUUGGGUGAGUAGGUCAACACAGAAGAUACAGACUGCAGAGCUUCAGGGAUGAUGCCACUUUACAUGUUUCUUCUGCUUCUCUGUAAAAUCUCUCAGGUUCCAGCUGUUAACAAGACCUCAGGUAUAACUCAGGAUAGUGGCAUCAUAACAGCUAAAGCUGGACAGAAUGUGACUUUGCGAUGCUUUUGUCAAGAUGACGCUGCAUCUGUCCUUUUUUGGUACCAGCAAAGUUUGGGAAGCAAGCCUCUCAUUAUAUCAUAUCGGAUAAAGCAUAACCCAGAUGCUACCAUCUACCCUGCAUAUAAAGAAAGGUUUCAAAUCUCAGCAGAAGAUAAAGACGGUUCCAACCAUCUCAUAAUCACCAACCUUCAACUCUUGGAUUCAGCAACAUAUUACUGUGGGAUUUCAGAAUUCAGCGCAAUAGAAUUUGGACAAGGAGCUUUUCUUCAUGUCAAAACAUCGCUGUCCAACAUCCAAGCUGUUGUCCAUCAACCAGCGUUGGAGCCACUUUGGUCUGGAGACUCUGUGAAUUUGAGCUGUACAGCAUACGCUGAACCAUGUGCAGGGGAGCAGAGCCUCUACUGGUUCAGACAUGGAGCGGGUCAACCUGCAGUCAUGUAUCGCAGCGCGGGACAGUGUGAAAACCUUUCCAGUGAAGAGUCUCGUAUGAAAAACUGCACUUUAAACCUUGCUAUUAAGUCUGUGAGCUCCUCUGAUGCAGGGAUGUACUACUGUGCUCUGGCCUCCUGUGGGGAGAUUGUGUUUGGAAAUGGAACCAGAGUGGAGAUUACAGGAAGUUCUACCAAACUCCCCCUCCUGGUGUAUUGUCUUUGUCUGGCGUUGACAGUUUCCAUUAUCGUGCUCCUUGUCUUGGCUUUCAUCAUGUACAAGUUGAAACAAAAGUCAUGCUCUGUCUGCAAAGGGACUGUUUCUCAUGUGACAUGUUCAGCAGCUUCUGAUGCCAUGAGCCAAGAUGACAUUCUCCAUUAUGCUGCGCUGAGUCUGAACAGAAAGAGCAAACGACUUCGCCAAGAGGACAACGUGGAGAGUGUUUGUGUAUACUCCAGAGUAAGGAGUCGAAAAGAGUGAAAAGUUAAAUAGGACUUCACCACUUCUCAAACUUUUAA